AUGGCGACCUGUAAGAGGCGAUUAAAUCUCAGGUUGCUCAGGACGUCAUUGAUUCUGGACCAAGGCGACACACGCAUGACUCGCCAUGGAGACUGUCUCAGACUGUGUACUUACAAUUCGAGGACAGUGUCCACAGACGCUGACCUGCAUGCCCUUCUCGGAGCUGCAGAGCGUAUAAAAUUUCACGUGAUUGCUCCGCAGGAGACCAAGUGCAAAAGGAACGACGUACGACAGAUCAAUGACGGUACACUCGUCAUUCGUGGAGAGAAGGUUCUGUCGCGAAAUGUAGGCGGUUUUGGUUUUGUUUUGCACUCAUUUGUCGUCCAUCUUGUCGAUUCUCACAAGAUCCUGUCACCUUGUCUGGCCAUUCCUUGCCUCCGCUCUCUGCGCCAAAAAUCCAUCAGUAUCGUCAACUGCUAA